ACCACCAACGCCUAGCGGAGAAGCAGUGGUUGCUGGCUGGCUGUCUGGGUGUAGGCCUAUGUGUCGUUAAAGAUGAAAACUCCAAAGAAAAGUAUCGGUAACUGGGAGUGGAUGAUACUGGGCGUGGUCUUGUUGAUCUUAAGUAUCAUAGGCGUGGUGGUUGUGGCAAAGUCGAAGGAAUACUACUGUAGUCCAGUGGAGUUUGAAAUAGUCUUCGAUGCAGGAUCGUCACACACAUCAAUGGCCGUCUAUCAGUGGCUGGCAGAUACCACAAAAGGGACGGGGGUGGUCGGUCAGCUUGCAUUUGCAAGAGAAUGUGGUGAUGCUGGUUUAUCAAGCUAUGCUAAUGACCCUGAAGGAGUUGUUCCAGGUCUUCAGGAUUGCCUGGACCUCGCCGAGCUAGUCCUCCCGGAGUACACUCGUAAAGAUGUACCACUAUUUCUUGCAGCGACAGCUGGCAUGAGACUUCUGAAUGCAACUGAUCCAGGCAAAAGUGAUGCUGUGUUUGAGGUGGUUAGGCGAACAUUUGCAGACACACCCUUUUACUUUGAGAACGAGAAGAGCCAGGUGAGGAUACUGAGCGGUAACAAGGAGGGUACGUCCUCUUGGAUAUCUGCCAACUAUCUUGGGGAAAACUUGGGGGUGGAGCCAGUAACCGGCGGCAUUGUCGACGUUCUAACACCGCGCGAGCCAAUCCCAACCCGACCGACCCUCGGUGCACUGGACCUGGGCGGGGCAUCCACGCAGAUCACCUUCAUACCGGAGGAUCCGAGCCAAAUCCCCGCAGAGUACCGCUCUAAACUCCGGCUGUACGGCACGGACUACGAGCUGUACACGCACAGCUUCUUGUGCUACGGCGCCGAUGAGGGCACGAGGCGCCUUGAGGCGAACCUGGUCAAGGAAUCUGGCUUUGCGGAGGUGACACUCAACCCCUGUUCACCUGUGGGGUAUUCCUACGUAGUCACUGGUGAAUACUUAUGGAAGGCGCCCUGCAGCAAGGGACCAAAGGCCAUGGAAGGCUGGGGUUCAGAGGUUACACCUGCACCUGGGGUCACAGAGGACGUAAUGGCCAGCAUAGAAUACCGACUGAAUGGUACAGGCAACCCAGAUGAGUGCUACAGAGUCACUAAAUCCUUGUUUGAUUUUAACGCCACCUGUGCCGUGGCACCGUGCUCCUUCAAUGGUGUGUAUACACCUUUACCACGGGGAUCCUUCAAGGGUAUAAGCAACUACGCCUAUACCACGGCCGGGAUAGGUUUGACGACCACGCCCACUAUUGAUGAGUUUAUUUCUGCAGCCGACGACUACUGUAGGAAGACGUAUGAAGAGUUGAAGGUUCUACCCGAAAAGAUGAAGUACAAGAUAUUGUACUGUUUCCGUUCCAUGUUCAUUCGAGCCCUUCUCUUCGACGCCUACAAAUUUGACGAGAAGACCUGGGACAUUGAAUUUACUUCUGAGGUGAACGGCAUCGACUUUGGUUGGGCUCUGGGCUUUGCUAUAAACGCCACUGGCUGGAUCCCAGAGGAGCCGGCAUGUGUUGGUCUGGCUCCUGCUACCUUCAUCGGUUUCGUCGUUAUCUUCACCAUUGUGAUGAUGAUCGGGUUUGCCCUCUUUGCUCAUGGAGUCCGCCGUGGAAUUUUCGGGAAGCGAUCACCAAGAUGCUCAGUGGAUAAAUCAUACCACCCUCAACCUCAAAGUGCUUGAGAAAGAGCGUUUGGAUGGGAAGGUUGGCCUGGUGAAAGUUUAGAUGAAAUUAUCCGUUUUUUAAUUCUUUCUUGGUAUUUCUUUCUUUAUCAGUAUUAGUUUUAGUACUUCUCUUGACACUAUCUGUAGAAUAUAACUUGUAUUGAUACUACGCAUGGUAAAAAUACGCAGAAAUUUUACACGCUUUCUUAUGAUAGUUUACAAUACUAAAACACAAUAAUGUUUAGGAAUGCGCGUGCGCAAUAAAUUCUGACCAACGGUCUCUCUAGGUUGCAAAGGUGAUGGUCUACACCAUCUAUUACUCAGGUGGUGUUGGUCGAACCAUAGUUGAAUGGGCCUACGUUCGUCGUUCUUGCUGACUUCUUACCGGAAAGACCAAUAUGUCAGGUGUUUGUAAUUUUAGCGUUGGGAUAACUGUAAAAUGUGGAAUUAUUGACAAAAGGAAGUGCUUAUUCUUGGUUUAUUUUCUUUAAAAGAAAAACUGCGAAAAGUAACGUGGCUCAUUUGCCUUAUGGGAUUUACACUAAAAUAUACGGUGGUUGUGGAAGAAUAUUCAAAACCAUAGAAUUCAGUAGCAAAUAGCAUUUAUAUCUUGGGCGUCUAUAUAUUGGGAUUUACAAUAAAAUAGGGUGGUGGUCGAAGAAUAUUGAAAAGCAUACAGUAUUCAUUAGUAGAGGAAAGCCAUUUCAAUUCUUGGAUUGAAGACAUGGAGGAGGGAUUAUCUUCAAAAAUCUCAUGGCGGUGUGGGCGAAAAAUUCAUAUUGGGGUCAAUGUGAGGUGUCCGUGAACAUUUCCAUCAGUGAUAUUUUUCAUAGGCAGUUCAAGGCGUCUGAAAUUUGUCGUCAUGUCCGGGGCUGUAGUGGCGUAGCUAGAAUUAUACUGGGGGAGGCAUGGGGGUGCACCAGCCUUCAGUGGUGUGCUUUGGGGGGGGGAACUUUUGUUCAUUAUCUGACAUUCAGCCCCGUUGCCAGACCCCAAAAUGCCUCUGAAACUAUUUUUCAGAGAGGGGGGAACAUUGUGUGGACCCUACCCUACAUUAUGUGGACUUUUUUUGUGCAGAGGUCCACACUAAGUGGCACGCCUGCACAUCCCUGCCCGGGCACACAUGCAUGUACACUCGGCGGCUUGUGGUACGAAAUAGACGGUGUGUUAGUAGUGAUUGUAGACCUUUUAAUUUUAAAGAAUGAAAAUUUGUUUUGUAGUAAAAAUUAAAAACUUGCAUUACGAUAGGAAUGUGUGGAAAUGCAUGUACCAAUAAAUGAUGCAGCACUAAAAAGCACUAAA